AUGAAUAAGCUAGCUGUCAAAUAUUUCUGGCGUGAAUGUUGGGGAGAAAGAACUGUGGAGUCAAAGGGCUUGACAACAGAUCUUGAGAUUCCUGGAGCUGCGCAAAACUGUGAAUCAAAAGAAGCCACGAAAGUCCCACAAGGUUGGUAUGAAAUACCUUUCCGCCUUUAUCUAGCGGAUGAGCCUCAGGAACGUGUGAUAGCGCCCAACGAAGGGAGUGCUCAAUCAUCGAUCGACAGCUACGAAAUGCCAAAAGGCUCACUUAAGUUGAAGCCUAGGGGCAGAAAGGAUUAUAGCUAUAUGCCGCCGUCGUACAUCGAUAAAGAUGAAAAGUAUUCAGUGAAGCAUUUUGUGAAGAUAUCUUGCGAGUUUGCGAGUGAAACAGUUUGUCUCGGCCUCGAAACUUUCAAUUUCACCCCUCCCUUGAGCAAUAUUCAGUAUUCUGAUAAGCUUUUGAAAGGAGAGUACUCUACCCAUAGAGUGUUGAAAUACUUUUUAAGUGAGAUGGAGGAUGCCAACCUUGGUGCUCUAGAGCUUGAAUUUAAGGAGAAUAAAAACGCCAGCUACUUAAGAGGUUUGACCACCCAGUCUUUCCGCAUACUUCAUCCAAAGGACAAUCUUUCCGAUAGAGUCAAGUUGCGCUUCUACCUUGAUUCUAAUAAAUGGAAAAGUGCAAAACGUGACCGGGGUCCAGUUCCAAAAGUUGAAUUACGACUGAUGGAGUUUGGAUUACUAAAGUGGGACUAUUGGCGAAAUGACGUAAGCAAUCCAGACGAAAAAUACAAGACACAAACUCUCAGACAUGACUGGGUUUUUGAGAAUGCGGAAAUGGAAGAAGUUGACAGACCUACGGGGGUCGAUUUACCUUCUUCGGAAAUCUUGAAGAUCGAGAUUCCAUCUAGGUUUCUUGAUUUUGUACUUGAAGCCUCACUUAUGUCGUUCGAAGGGUUCUACAUUGGAUGCAAGCUCGAGCUCAGUUUGGAUGUCGUUUUUCAUGUUCAAAUAUCACAAGAGGUUCAUGAUUUAAGAUUUAAAUAUCGCAUACCCAUCCUUUACCUUCCGCCGCUCCCAGCUGAACUGGAAAAGUCUUCAUCGGCGGAAAAAGAACAGGCAUCUUCAGCUGAACUGAAAACCUCAACUUCUGAGAUGAAGAAGUCUCCUUCAGAUAAAAAUGGCGAGUCUUCGCCAAAGAAGAAAACUAUGGAUUAUGUUGAUGUGAGUCCUCCAUUGAGAUGA